CCCACGCCGCCUCCCCGCAACCAUCGACAUCGCACCACCCCCACCCCUCACCGCCUCCUCGCAUCCAUGGACAUGCCCUUUACGCGCUUUCUUCCUGAUUCUUGCUAUGCCGAAGCCUCAGAGUUGUUUGAAGCUAACGCCAGUUUACCGCUGAAGCAAAGGAUUGAAUUGCUUAUCAAGUUCCUCGAAGAAAAAGAAAAAGAGCUGAAGGCAGGAACUUGUACUGAAGUCCUAGGUGACAUGAAUCAUGAGAAAGAUAGUGGAAUAUGUAAGGGAGUAGGAGUGGGAGGUCAGAGGCCGCGGGCUUGGCUCCCGACGGCGGCGAGGGCGCGACGCCGUCCUGACGGCCGGCGUCGAGCAGAGGAGCGUGUGCGUGAGGGAACGGUUGAGCAAGAGGACUAGACGCCCUGAGAUCCAAAUGAUCUCCAAGCAUAACUGCAUUAGUCUCAGGUUCAGGCCUUUAUGGCCAAUUUACAUAACUGACUCGAGAUUACAAAUUCAAACUAAAAGAUACAACUGCUCUAGCAGGUUGAGCGACAUGGGCACGUGCCCUGUACUAGUCACG